GAAUGUGACAGUCAGGAGAUCUUACCAUUUCAGUUGUUACUGUAGACACUGGUGAUUAACUGUCGGUUUGGGGUGUCAAAGUCACAGGUGUCGUGUCUUUGAUUGCGGUCCGAAUGAAGUACCCAGCUGCGCCUGGAGAAGAUGUGCUGUUAUAGUUAUGGAGGUGCCCCAGUUACCUGUUGAGAUUAUUACUUACAUUCUGAGUUUCCUGCAAAUGCCCGACAGGAAAGAGGCGUCCCUGGUCUGUCGCCACUGGUAUAUUGCUUGUCAGGACUACCGCUUUCAGAAGAAUCUGACCUACAAGUUCCCAGCAUCCUCUGCCUGCCUGGACGUGAUCCGGGGCCUGGCCGGGCGGCCCUGCUGCGGGGUGGCCAUCAGCCACCUGGACAGCUCCGGCCUCUCCAAGACCAUUCUCAGGCAGGUCGCCCUCCACUUAGGCCCGCGCCUUGAGAGUAUCUCCCUGCCAUGGGGCAGCAUCACAGAGUCCUCUUUCAUGGCUCUGGUGCCCCAGCUGACAGCACUGCGGGCGCUGGACCUCAGCGGGCUGGACAGCCUCUUCAUGUCGGGCACCUUCCUGUCCAAGGAGGAGAGCAGGCGCGAGGUGCGUGUGGCCCUAGGAAAGCUAGGGGAGCUGGACCUGUCCAACCUGCGCUACCUCUCUGACCUGACGUUCAACCGCCUGACGGCCUGCGCCCCCCAGCUUUGCCGGCUCAGCCUGGCCGGUUGCCAUAUUGCCUUCGAGUUUGACCCCUACAGGGGGGCGCCCGCAGGCUGCGACUCCUCAGCCCUCCUCUCCCUCCGGAACCUGCUCCGGUUCCUCGGAGAGCAGGCCCACACCUUGAGGAGCCUGAAUCUGGGGCGCACCGGCAUCACCCCAGAAGCCCUGAAGUCCCUGGUCCGGGUGGAGGGUCUCAGUCUGGAGGAGCUGAGCCUGCCGGGCUGCAAAGACCUGACAGACUCCGCUAUAGCUGCAGUGUGCCAGUACCAGCCGGGCCUGAAAACCCUGGACCUCAGCUCCUGCACCGAACUCUCUGAUAAGGCAGUGCUGGCUAUUGCGUCCAGCCUGAAGGACAUCCGGAGCCUUUAUCUCAGGAGAACCUGGAGGAUCACGGAUCAGGGUUUGUCCAAACUGAUGGAACUGAAGGGCUUACAGACGUUAGACCUUUCCGGGUGUAGUAACAUCACUGGGAUCGAGAUGAUUAAAGGGCUCUCUUCUCCACAAGCUCAGGCAAAGCUGGUGUCCCUCAGCCUCAGGAGCUGCACCUAUAUGAGGGACUCGGCCGUGUUCUCCCUGGCCCAGCUCCUGGGCCCUGGCCUGCGCGAACUGGACCUCACGUCCUGUCUGUACCUCACCGACCUGAGCGUGCGCGGCAUCGCCACCUUCCUGCCCGGCCUGCUGGUCCUGCGGCUCGGCUGGUGCAAGGAGGUGACGGACUGGGGGCUGCUGGGAAUGGUCGAACCAACGGAGGAGUGUCAGCCCGAAAGAGGAGAGGCAGACAAAGGGCCAAAAUUCAGCCGCACUUUUGGGAACAUGGGCUUCUUUAGCCCCCCGCAACCACCGGCCUUCGAGGAGAAGCCGCGGCUGGUGACAGCGGAGGAGCUGGGGCGGCUCGGCGAGAGAGAGGGGGCCUCGCUGCGGGCCCUGAGGGGCCUGCAGGAGCUGGACCUGUCCGCUUGCAGCAAGCUGACCGACAGCAGCAUCACCCAGGUGGUGCAGUUCCCGGACCUGCGCAGGCUGUCCCUCUCCCUGCUGAGCGAGAUCAGCGACCGGAGCUUGCUGUCCGUGUCCCAGCACUGCCGUGGCCUCACCAGCCUCUCCCUCAGCCACUGCCCCGGGCUGAGCGAUCAGGGCCUGGCCGGCGCCGCGCCCCACCUCCAGAGGCUACAGCACCUGCAGCUGGCCUGCUGCGAUGGCCUCAGCGACAGGUCCCUGACCGUACUCGCCCGGCACUGCAGGAGGCUGAGGACGCUGGAUGUGUCCAUGUGCAAGAAAAUCACCAUGGCAGGAGUGGAGCAUCUCCAAGCGCAGCUGCCCUUCCUGGAGAAUGUCCACAGCCGGUUUGUGGGAGGGGCUGACCUGUGCUUCACCCUGUGAUCAGGCCAGAGCCAAGCUCAGAGCCUGCACGCGGACCUCGAACUGUAACGGUACAAACGAACACUGGCGGUCCCUCCAGGACAACAAUCACGUACCGGAAUGAUUGCAGGUUGAUUGUUCCCCCUGCAUGUCUUGACCACUGCAUUGUGGCACAGCCUCAAGACACUAACAGAGGUGGCACAGAAUUUUGGAACUGUCACACACGACAAAUACAAAAUCUUAAUAAAUUACUGGUUGUACUCAUUAGUUACGUGUAGUAACUAAAGGGUCAUGGUGCAUGUUACCCCACUCUAACACUGCUUACAUGUGAGAACAACAUGCAGCAGGAGUUCGGCCUUUUCAAGUUUGACAGGAUAAAAACAAAACCAGAAGGUAUUAGCAGGAGCUCCAUGUGUCACUGUUAUCAGUUCCUGCCAGGAUGGGGAAACUGAGAUUUAACAUUGUACAAUGUAUUUUGUUAAUAAUAAUCGACAAUAAUCUGCUUAGAUAUUAUUCCUGUUUUUGUAAGUGUGGCUCAGGAUGUAAAAGGCUGAGAAAACCGUGAUGUAGACCUUGAGUUGUGUGACAUUUCAAAGAAAAAUAUUAAACAUUCCAGCAUGUCGGUUCUGAUAAUUAAUGCACAAUGCAAUAAACGGAACUUCAAGAA